UUGCCGCUGAAGCAAAGCAGGCGGUGGUUUUUGCCGACCCAACCAAACAAAAACCACGAAGAAAAUAACAAAUUAGCCGGCGCCCGAUCUCGCCUACACUCUUCUCCUUCGAUCAAACAAUAGAAAUGAGAAAUCAGGAGAGAAUAAUCCACAGGUUUCACAGGAAGACGGCGUGGUGAGGGAGGCGAUUAGCGCCCAUGCGCUGCGUCAGCCGGAAGCAUCUCCGUGAUUGCGUCCCUAAUCCUAUCUCCCCCCUCUUUCUCUUCUGCUUUGCGUUGUCCCUUUCCCCUGUGCUUGUCUCGCACUCUCGCCUCCCUGUCCCCCUCUCCUCUCUCCCAAUCUCGGCUCGGCUGCGAUUAAAUAAAUCUCCUGCAGGGGGGAGGACGACGACGAACGCGCCGUCGCAGGCUGCUCAAUCCCUCUCUCCUUCUUAUCCCCAAGAAACGCGUCCCCGGAGGGCGAGAAGGCAAAAGGAGGGUGCUGUUCUUGGUCCCCUUUCCUUCCAAGAUGUCGUCCCCGAGCAAGCGCCGCGAGAUGGACCUCAUGAAGCUGAUGAUGAGCGACUACAAGGUGGAGAUGGUGAACGACGGGAUGCAGGAAUUCUUCGUGGAAUUCAAGGGUCCUACCGAAAGUAUUUAUCAAGGUGGUGUCUGGAAGGUUAGAGUAGAAUUGCCUGAUGCAUAUCCUUACAAAUCCCCCUCGAUUGGCUUUAUCAAUAAGAUUUAUCACCCGAAUGUCGAUGAAAUGUCUGGUUCUGUCUGUUUGGAUGUCAUAAACCAGACAUGGAGUCCAAUGUUUGAUCUAGUAAACGUGUUCGAAGUCUUCCUUCCACAACUUUUAUUGUAUCCAAAUCCUUCUGAUCCAUUAAAUGGGGAGGCCGCUGCACUGAUGAUGCGGGACCGUCCUGCUUAUGAACACAAAGUGAAAGAAUACUGUGAAAAAUAUGCCAAACCAGAGGAUGCUGGCAUAACCCCAGAAGAUAAUUCCAGUGACGAAGAGCUUAGUGAAAAUGAAGACGACUCUGGGGACGAGGCUAUACUUGGCAACCCUGAUCCUUAGUUGGAAGCUAUUUCACCAACUCAUCAUAUACAAUGUCCAUUGCAGAAAUUUCAAUCAAACAAAACUGAAAAAAAAACUUUGGAUGCCAUGUAAAUAAGUGUACCUUGUAUGUUAUCCAAUGUUGUUUAAUUCAGUUCGCCAGUUGAAUCUGCAGUAGCGCGUACAUUGCCCCCCAGUCAGGAUUGCAGUCAGAUUUGUGUUCGUUUGAAGGAAUAAACAUGGUUGUAGCUUCCCCCAUAA